UCCUUCUUUAGUUUUCAAAAUUAAAAGUUGCUUCAACGAACCUUAAGCAAUUUUGUUUUACCUAGCUUGUCGUCAGAGCUACAUUCUUGAGUUUUGUUUGCAUACUUUCCUUAUCAAAGGAAAUUUCGUUAUCCCAGCACUGCACAGCAGUGCACAUUUCUUCGUUCUUUGUUGAUGAUCAGAUGAUGCAAAAGUUUACUACUUUGUAGUUUUUCAACUUUUUCGGUUCUGUUUCAUCAUUUUUAUGCGAUUCUGAGGACUACCAUGCAUUCCACUCGCUCCAGUCGCAAAUUGUUAGGCAGAGCCGGUCUCAAUAAUUUGAGAGGAACCGUAAAAGAUGGCGUAACUAAUGAAUUUGUCAGCAAUGACAAGGAAGAGGAACCUACAGAUAGAUCUGUUCCCCUGCCACCAAAGAAGCGAGGACGUCCCAGGACGACAGUCUUCAAGGCCGAAGAGUCUCAGCAUAACGAAACGGAGUCGUCAGAGCCCGAAAAAAUCCAGACCGAAACGAAUAAGGACGACGCGCCCGUAAUUCCGAAAAGGCGACCAGGACGACCGAGAAAAAAAUUAAAAAUAGACGAUGUCGGGGAACUAUCCACAUCCGGACUGGCAAACGAAUUACCAGCUGAUGAUGGAGCAGAGCAGUAUUCUACGCGCUGUUCAGUGCGUAAGCGUGGUCCGGUCUGUGAUAACCCGAAAAAAUCUAAGGAUAUUGAACCAGAAGAAUCUUCCGAGGCGGAAGAACCUGAGAAACCAAAACGAAACUAUACAAAGACUGCGAAAAAAUCCCCCGAAGAUGAACAAAAAGAUGGAGAAGGCACUCUACAAAAGAAGAGAGGCCGGGUAUCCAAAUUGGAUAAGCAUAAUAUUCUGAAAUUAAAGGAGAACGAUAUCAACGGAGAGCCGGGAAUUUGCACGCGCUGCGGCGGUAUCAAGGCGACUAUGGAUCAUUUUCUGCGCGUGCACAAUGCGAUGCUGGCAGAAGAAGAGAGAACUUUUGAUUUACCUGCUAAGAGACUGCGGUAUUUGUUGGUCUGCAGAAAGAAGCAAAAACUGCGCUGUCAAGUUCCCACCUGCCGGAAGGUUAUGCAGUCCGUAACAGCGAUGGUGUACCAUGAACAAAUGUGUGGGAAAACUGUGGAAAGGAUAGUGUGUCCCCGCUGUGAAAAAUGUAUUCCCACGACCGGCAUGCGUCAGCACGAACUGGAGCACGAUCGUGAGCUUGGAAUUUUCCGGCGCAAGAAGUUUUUGUCUAGACACCCCGAAUUCGUUCAGAAGGAUCAGAAGGAUACCGAAGAAUCUGCGAUUAAGAUCGAGCCUUCCGAGGAUAAUCAACCGUCUACCUCUGCUGGUAUCGAAGCGCGACCACGACGUUUAUGUGCCAUUGCAGCUGCAAAGAAAUUGCGCAAAUAUGCCACUGGUUUUAUAUUGGAUGAUAGCGAUGAAGAUCAGCAUUACGAUAGCAAUAGUGACGAAGAAUCUGAAGACGACAGUGGCACUGAUAAUGACAAUGAGGAUGCCGAGGAUUGCGAUGUUGAUCCCGAAGAGAAAGAGGUCUUACCUCCCAAAACAUUUCUUCCCAGUGCUAAAUUUCCGCGGUUGGAUUUUAUAUGGAAGCAGAGCUUGGAAGUGCUGAAUUAUGCACUGUGUUAUAAUCGUGGUUGCGAAUUUUUAGCCACUUCGUAUCCAGAGAUAAUCCUGCACCAUAAGCGCUGUGAUUUUGGUCCGAGGAAUCGACAUCGCUUGCGCUUUCGUUGCACAGUUAAUCGAUGUAAAGGGCAUUUUGUCAGCUUUCAGCGCGCGGUGCAGCACUAUAUGGGCAAGCAUGGAGCUUCGGAAGAAGAUGCCAAAAAGAAGGCAAAAGAGAAAAAAGUACCGCAUUUGGUGGCUUUAAGGAAUCAGUUCCAGCCGUCCCAAGAUGAGAUCGAUGCGCUACAUCUCUUUGAUUAAUUUUGGUGAUUUUAUUUUUCAUUCUGAGUGAUGUAGUUAUUGCCAAUAUUGCCCGUGUGUUUCGUUUGGAAUGUUACUUAUACUGAUGCAUGCUGCUCGAUUUGUUGGUGCGAAAUUACGGUUAUUAUAAUUUAUUAGUUUUGUAUUA